AUGACGACACAGAAGAGAUUCAUCUUUGAGGUCGAGGCAGCUAAGGAAGCCACCGAUGGAAACCCUUCUGUUGGUCCUGUCUAUCGUAGUACUUUCGCCAAUAACGGUUUCCCUAAUCCGAUCGACGGAAUCCACAGCUGUUGGGAUAUUUUCCGCACGGCUGUUGAGAAAUAUCCAAACAAUCGAAUGCUUGGUCGCCGUGAGAUUGUGAAUGGGAAGGCAGGGAAGUACGUGUGGAAAACAUACAAAGAAGUAUACGAUAUCGUCAUAAAACUUGGAAAUUCUCUACGUAGUUGUGGGAUUCAGGAGGGAGAAAAAUGUGGUAUCUAUGGUAUAAAUUGUUGUGAGUGGAUCAUAAGCAUGGAGGCAUGUAAUGCGAAUGGCCUCUAUUGUGUCCCUUUAUACGAUACAUUAGGUGCUGGUGCUGUGGAAUUUAUUAUUUCACACGCAGAGGUAUCAGUUGCAUUUGUGGAGGAGAAGAAGAUCCCUGAGAUUUUCAAGACUUGUCCAAACUCAACAAAAUAUCUGAAGACUGUUGUGAGCUUUGGCUGUGUCAAACCGGAACAAAAAGAAGAAGCUGAAAAAUUAGGAUUGAUAAUACAUUCUUGGGAUGAGUUCUUGAAGCUGGGUGAAGGUAAGCAAUAUGAUCUCCCCAUUAAAAAGGAAAGCGACAUAUGCACAAUUAUGUAUACGAGUGGAACCACUGGUGAUCCAAAGGGAGUUAUGAUUUCGAACGAAAGCAUUGUUACUAUAACAACUGGAGUGAUGCAUUUCCUAGAGAGUGUUAACGCAACUAUAUCUGAGAAGGAUGUGUAUAUUUCUUAUCUUCCUCUGGCGCACGUAUUUGACCGGGCUGUCGAAGAAUGUGUUAUUCAAGUAGGUGGUUCUAUUGGUUUCUGGCGAGGGGAUGUCAAGUUGUUGAUUGAAGACCUUGGUGAGCUAAAACCAAGUAUCUUUUGCGCCGUUCCUCGUGUUCUAGAUCGAGUAUAUACAGGACUCCAGCAGAAACUAUCUGGUGGUGGUUUCUUCAAAAAGAAGGUGUUUGAUGUUGCUUUUUCCUAUAAAUUUGGAAAUAUGAAGAAGGGACAGUCUCAUGUGGCAGCUGCUCCAUUUUGUGACAAACUUGUAUUCAACAAGGUUAAACAAGGACUUGGAGGCAAUGUGAGGAUUAUUCUAUCUGGAGCAGCUCCUCUUGCUAGUCACAUUGAAUCAUUUCUAAGAGUUGUGGCAUGUUGUCAUGUUCUUCAAGGAUAUGGUCUAACCGAGAGCUGUGCUGGAACUUUUGCAACGUUCCCUGAUGAACUAGACAUGCUUGGAACGGUUGGUCCACCCGUUCCAAACGUAGAUAUACGCCUUGAAUCUAUCCCGGAAAUGAAUUACGAUGCUCUUGGAAGUACUCCGCGUGGCGAAAUCUGCAUCCGUGGAAAAACUUUGUUUUCCGGGUAUUACAAACGUGAAGAUCUCACAAAAGAGGUUCUCAUUGAUGGAUGGUUGCACACAGGUGAUGUUGGUGAGUGGCAACCAAAUGGGAGCAUGAAGAUAAUUGAUCGGAAAAAGAACAUAUUCAAACUCGCGCAAGGAGAGUACGUCGCAGUUGAGAAUAUAGAAAAUAUCUACAGUCAAGUAGAAGCUAUUGAUUCAGUAUGGGUGUAUGGAAACAGCUUUGAGUCCUUCCUGGUCGCGAUAACUAACCCGGCCCAACAAACUCUCGAACGAUGGGCCGCGGAGAAUGGAGUGAAUGGAGACUUCAACUCCAUCUGCCAAAACGCCAAGGCAAAAGCAUUCAUACUUGGCGAACUCGUUAAAAUAGCCAAAGAGAAAAAGUUAAAGGGCUUUGAGAUCAUUAAAGCUGUUCAUCUAGAACCACUGGCUUUCGACAUGGAAAGAGACCUUCUUACUCCGACCUAUAAAAAGAAGAGGCCUCAAUUGCUCAAAUAUUAUCAGAAUGUGAUAGAUGAAAUGUACAAGACAACAAAGGAAGGUCAAGCUUCCGGACAGUAG